UUACCCACAAUCCACCGCUAAAUCGUCCUCUUCUCCGGACGCCAUAUUUGUUAGAGCUUGUACAGGAUCCUGUACCCACUAGGUGGAUCAACAUGGCGAAGUCCAAGAACCACACCAACCAUAACCAGAACAAGAAGGCCCACAGAAAUGGGAUCAAGAAACCACGCCGCAACCGUUACGAGUCUCUGAAGGGGGUUGACCCCAAGUUCUUGAGGAACAUGCGGUUUGCUAAGAAGCACAACAAGAGACACCCAAAGCCCAAGGAGUAAGCUCCCCCGGGCGGUAUCCAUCCAUAAGACGAACUAUCCGACCCUCUCGUCUGACCUCCGUUGACCGUGAUUGUGUAACAUCUGGAUGGACGUGGACUGUAUCAAUACAGGGACACUUUCUGUGGUGUCGCACCUUCUUGUGAUCUUUUCCCUCGGUCAACAGCCAAGGGAAAGGAAACAGUAAAAGAUGUCACAUCCGA